AUGAGUCUUGGAAGUGGCAUAUGGGUGCUGGUGGCCAUGAAAUUUCAUAUUCAGAAACUCAAAAAGGCUCAGGCUAUCAAAAGCAGAGAUGCCUUUAUUGACAAACUCACCGAGCAGAUAGCUGCUAGAUUUCCUCAGGAAUCACAGUAUCUUGCUGAUGCAUUUGCAAUCUUAAGUCUGAGAGGAGUGUCUUUCAUGACAGCUGAAGACCUUUCGAAUUAUGGAAAUAAUAAGUUACUGAAACUGUUGAAUCACUAUGGAUCCGACAAGGCAAAUGUGGUCAGUGGAAGAGUAAUUCCUGCUGUAGUUAAUCCUAUGAAAACCAAGAUGGAAUGA